AUGGGCACGGAGAGCACCGCUGAAUGUGCUGACUGGGACAAGCCCAACUUGAUCCAUUCGUCUAAUAUCUCCGAUCAGGCUCGAACCAUAUCUUAUGAAUUCAUAACAAAUCAUGAAGAUCAUGUAGAUCUAGAUCCUAUUAAAGUAGGAUAUAAUAUUACAUUAAUAAUUAAUUUACCAUUAACAACGGUACUUGCAUAUAAUCAUACAUUGAAACCAUCUGAUUUUCUGGAAGAUGAUAUCCUUUUAGUGGUACCAGACUCUUUUCAUCUUAAUAGAAGUACAGUUAAAAGUGGAAAUCAACUUGUAGAUAAUUUACUUAAUAUAGACAAGAUCUUUGUACUACGAGUAAGUUUAGAAUUAGAUCAUAUAUCCAUUAAUAGAGAGGCAACAGAAAUAUCCUUACAUUUCAUUAAUAAUCAUCAUUAUUCCAUAUUACAACAAUGUAAUUCAAUUAUUACAAAUCAUAUUCAUAAUUAUAUAAAGAUAGAAUUAACCAAAGAGAUAAAUAAGUUAUGGAAUGAAUUACCUACCCCUCAAGAAAUUUCUAGAAUGUAUAAUGAUAUCCUAUUGAAUGAUUCAACUUUAGAAGGUAGUGAAAGUGAAAGUGGAUUAGAGAAAUCAUUCAUGUAUGAUGAAGAAGCAGAAGAUGAAGAUAAUGAAUCACAAACUUCAUUAGAAGAUUUAUUAUUAUUAAAUUCCAAUGAUACUUUAAAAAAUAAUGAAUAUCCUAUAAGACCUACAAAAUUAUUAACUCGUGCUUCAUUAUCAACCAUUAGAGAAGAUAUGAAGAGUGACUCAUUUAUUGAGAAUCUAAAUAAUUUACGACAUAAUGAAGAUUUUAUUGAUCUUAAUGAUAUUCAUGAGACACCUUAUGAUGAUAUUGAUAAUGUUGAAUUACUUCAACUGCCUAUUGCAUUCAAUUUCCAUCCUGAUCCUGCUCCAAUUUCAGAUUCAGAUCCUAUCCUAUCACCUCCUAUAUCUCCUAUCAGAAAAACAUUAAUCACACAACAGUCUUAUCCAACCAUGAAUACUCAAACACCCAAACGACCUACAAACACUGUAUCCAAGAUGACAUCUAUGUCAUUAAUAAAUAAUGAUGAUAAUACAGGAUUGGAAUAUGCCUAUAAGGAUAAAUCACCAACAGUACCAUCCUAUAUCAAACAAGAUAAAAAAUUCCGAUUUAUAAAAGUCGGUAAAGUGCAAAAGUUUGUGGAUCUCUUUGAAGAGCAAAUGACAAAGGAAAUUCCUCAACUUCGUCCUCCAUCAAGGAAGCCAUCUGUAUUAUAA